AUGCGGGAGCUUGAGGUCUUACUGCGGCAUGAGGGUACCAGGACAAGGCGACCGGCUGCAAUUCACGACAAGCUAUUUCCACCGGAUUGUAUUCAUCGACAUCAUUUUGUGCGCCCUGGAGGCAACGUGCGUGGAAGCCCAGAAUCGGUUUGUGAAGCCGCUCUUAAAACACCCUGUGAUGAACUUGGUUGUGAUGAGAGUAUUCUCAUACCACGCUCUUGUCUUAAUGAUGAAACCGACCACCGCAUCCAUUUCGGGUCUAUAGCAACCGGUGAUACAGUCUUAAAAUCAGCUAGGCAUCGGCACCAUCAUGCAGAGAAAGAGCGUGUCAUAGCUUUCGAGAUGGAAGGCGCUGGAGUGUGGAGCAAGUUCAACCGCCUGAUUAUCAAAGGAGUAUGCGAUGACGCCGACAGCCACAAGAACAAGAAAUGGCAGGAAUAUGCAGCUGCAGUAGCUGCCUCUGUUGCAAAGAGAACUAGAGACCUUCCGCACAACGGACUUUCAUGCUCUGAAAAGAGAGAUGAUGAGAAUUCAGGAGGACCAAGGACUAGCGAGACUACUGCGAAACCCACGGCGCAUCGAACAGUUUGUGACAAAAGUCAACCAGUUUGGCCAGGUUCUAGAAAUCAUACCAGGGACGGCUGGAAUUAUAAAUCUCAAUUGGGGCCCAAUAAAGCAUUUGCUACAGCCAAGAACCAAACUGACAUUUUCGACACGCUCUUGUCGGCCUACGAAGAAAUCGGCGUGGAGCUACCCAGUCUGGGGAUCGAGCUGAGAUUUUCCAGCACAACAAAGGGCUGCAACGGCCCUCAAGAGAGUGCUCAGGCCACUCUGGAAAGACUUUGGCCCGACCUUCCAGAACAUAGCACGAGCGCGGUUCGUAUCCCCGGGGCAGUACGACAGCGACAUGCAACAAAUUCGCGACCAUCUGGGAAAGACUCGUGCUUGACCUUGAGGGAAAAGAGAAAAAAGGGCAGAGAAACAAGUUUGGGGAGCUCCGAGACUGGAUUGCAGGCGCAGAAAGCGAGACCGAACAGAACAAAAUAUGUCGUGACAGAUACCUUUUUCCAAAUAGUGGAAAUUGAAUCCUGGAGCAAGGCAGGGUUAAAGAGUGGUUAUCACCGGAUCUGGAUCAGCCCUAUAGUUCUAUACUAUGGAUCCAUGGGCGCCCAGGAACUGACACAUUCUGCGAGAGAAUACCGCGCCUCUACAUGGUCAUCGACGGCCUCGAUGAAUGCGAAGAGAAAAAGAGGAUCUGCCGGAGACUUUGAAGAACCUGAUUAG